UUUAAGAUAAGGCACCUUGUUCGAACGAGCUAUUCGUAUCUGGCCACAACAACCGGUUCACUCCGAUAACAUGCAGACGAUGGAAUUUUCGCGAACUUUUCGGUCGGCGCACUUCAUCGCGCUGGCAUCACGCUCCGAGGCGGCACUUGCGAACAGGUAAACGGGUUGCGCAGAUCGUUUGUGCCAAAUUGUAUUUUGUGUGUUUUUUUUUGUUGUCUUCCUGUUGGAGAUUGUCAUCACGUGACUAUGCGAGACACAGUACUAUCUCCUACGCCUCCGUUACGAGUGUUUGGUUGGGCCGUUCCAUAGGCCAAAUAGUUGUGCCGUGGUCCGUCAUUUUCGUGUGCGUGGCUUGUACUUUCCACAUCGCCAUUCAGGCCAUCGGCAGUGUCACCGUCGUCGAGGUUGGUCGCGUCCAGUGAGCUGUUCCGAAGUAGUCGACAUCCGUCGGUCUUGGUGGCUGUCGCACGUGCUGUGCGCACGGUCGCGUGGGCGCAACCACACAGACCAUAAGACCGUUCGAGUCAAACAAUCGGGUUGCGGAUAUGUUUACCGAAGAACCAUUUGUUGAACCGUGUUCAUUUGGGGUUUCUCGUUGCUGAUACAUAUUGAAGAAACGCUAUCAAAUGGUUGUAAAGUGACCCGAUAGUAUAGUUCAUUGGCGAGAAAUGGCAAUCGUAUCGAGCUACUGUAAUAACGGCUUCUCUCUGUCCCGAAGAAAUGUCGAAAUUCAUUAUUUGCUAAGGUCAUGCUGAUUUGUCAACACUCCUGAGAAAUUAAAUUUACUGCGAUUCCGAACGAAAAAAUGCAACGGUUGUAUCUUAUCGAUACAUUUAAAAAUUAACUAGGGAGUUAUUUAUGUAUAAUACCUCUUAUAUAUUGUUUUAUGUGGCAACCAGUAAUAACGCCUUACUUAAUAACCAGCGCAUGCAUUAUAAUAUAAUGUUAUGUUUGGGUGAAUCGUUUGUUGUGCGUGCUGCAGACGUGGUACGGACGCUGCGGCAGAAAAUCAUUGCCGUUUGCCGGAAGCUGGGCAUCGGCGUGUGUCUGCGCACCGUAGUGUUGAUAUUUUGUCUCACGUUCUUCUGGGUACAGUUGCACAUGUCCGACGUAGCCGAUAACGAAGCUAUACAGAUACUGGCCAAGCCGGAUGGGCUGCUGGAUGCUAACGAUUCCAUGUUGCAACUGGUUCCGCAGCAUUUACACAAGUAUCUGGUGGCAUUGCAUCAACGCGAUCGUCCACAUCAAGCCAUACUGCCCGGAAACGCCAGCGAACACGUUGCGAACACGGCUACCAGUCUCAAUGCUUCCGAAAUUCGACGCCUGAUCGACCAACAAAAUUCCAAACAGGCUGUGUACAACGAGGACGUCUACGGCCCAUUACAAAACGAUUCUCUAGUCAUUGUUAUCCAAGUCCACACACGUAUCAUGUACCUCCGACACACCAUAGUAAGUUUGGCUCGAGCGCGGGGCAUCGAAAAUGCAUUGUUAAUAUUCAGUCACGACCAUUAUGACGAGCAAAUAAACGAACUAAUACAGAUGAUCGACUUUUGCAAAACCAUGCAAAUAUUCUAUCCAUAUUCCAUACAGACGAAUCCGUUUUCAUUUCCUGGCGAAUCGCCGGAUGAUUGCCCCAGAGACAUUACCAAAUCAGAAGCAAUCAAACGCAAGUGUAUCAACGCCAUGCAUCCGGAUCAAUACGGCCAUUAUCGAGAAGCAAAGUUUACCCAAACCAAACACCAUUGGUGGUGGAAAGCAAACAGGGUAUUCAACGAGUUGGAUAUUGUUAGUAAUUUCUCAGGUCCAAUACUAUUUUUGGAAGACGACCAUUAUGUAGCUGAAGAUUUUAUUUACAUGCUUAAGUUGAUGGUAAAAUCAUGCAGAGUGGCGUGCCCACAAUGUAGUAUAUUGUCGUUAGGAACCUACUUAAAGACGUACAAUUUUUAUGGAGAAGCAAAGAAGGAUAUUUUAAGGGUAAUACGUCGACAACAAAUAUUUGCAGCGGAAUUAACACCGCCAUCUUGGAGCUUUAAAAUAGUUCCUUCAUUUUCACAUUAUGAUAAGGCUGAAAUAUCUCAAUGGAUUAGUAGUAAGCAUAAUAUGGGUAUGGCAUACAAUCGUACAGUUUGGAAAAAAAUUGUUGAUUGUGCCGAUACAUUUUGCAAGUACGAUGAUUACAAUUGGGACUGGAGUCUACAGAGUGUAUCCAAUAAUUGCCUUAGCCACGAAUUUAAAGUGUUUGUCCUCAAAGCACCUCGAGUAUUUCACAUAGGUGAAUGUGGGGUUCAUCAUAAAAAAAGUUGUUUUGACAUGGCACUCAUUGCCAAAGUUCAAAAACUGCUUAGUUCGGUCUACAAAUAUCUAUUUCCAGAUAAGUUGGAAGUGACCUAUGCACCUAUCAAGAAAAAAGUACUGCGCAAAGGAAAUGGUGGCUGGGGUGAUAUACGUGAUCAUGAAUUGUGUUUGCGUUUGGUAAACCACCAAUGGUGACACUUAGCAGUUUUUAUUUAUAGCUUUAAAGAACUAGUUAAAGUUCCUAUAUAUGAUUAGAGUAUAGCCAUGAUGAGAAUUGUGUUUAUUAUGUUUAUGCCCUGAAUCAAGUCUUAUUAUAUUUAUUUUCUUGUUUUAUUAUUAUUCAUUUUUGUUCGUUUAUUAUUACUUUUUUUACUGUGUGAUUUACAUUUUUCAUAAUUUGUGUCUAAUACAUUGCCAUAAUCACGCUCAAAAUUUUUUAUUUAAACGUAGGACGUCAACUAUUAUAGGUUAUUUUUAAAGCUUGAUAACUAUUACAUUAUUUAUUUAAUGGAUUAUUAUAUGUAUUUAUAAUAUAUUUUAAAUAUUACUGUUGAUUUAACUAUUUGGCAUAAACUUACACACCAUUGAUGUUUUGAAGUAUACUGUGAGUGUAAUCAAUAAUUUUAUAUUGACAUAAAAAUAAAUUACUUGUGUAAUUUUUUUCUAUAAUUUUUAGAGUUGAUUUUAAAAUCCUACAUUAUGUUAUUUAUCUAUAAAAAUUCCGUUUUUGAAUUUGUAUUUAGUGUAUAACUUCAUUAUAAAUGUUGCCUAAAAUAAAAAAAAAGAUUGCAAUUUAUUUUAUGUAGGUAAAUAGUAAUCAUAAUGUACAACUGUGAAAUGAACUUUCUAGUCGUUUAAAGUCAAUGUAAAACUUUUAGUUAUGUUAAUUGCCUAAAUAGUAAUAGUCAUUAAAUUAAGUUUUAAAUGUGAUUGUCAUAUUAUUAUUUAAGAAUAAAGUAAAAAUUAAUUUAAUGUCUUCCAUAUACAGUGAAACUUGUUUAAGAUAGGUCCAUAUUAUAUGACCCAAACAUUUUUUAAAUAGAAAUUAUAUUUGAUCUGGUCAUUGUGGUAUUGAGAAUACUAUACUUGAUGAAUAUAAUACAAAAUUUUUUCUUUUUUUUUUUUUUUAAUACACUUCAUCGUUUUGGGAAAAUGACUCAAUCGGCAAAUCAAAUAUAAAUACAGACAAAACUUUAUGA